AUGGAACACUACAAUACUCUUGGUGAAGUUGUCUAUAAUGAGAAGGUCAAGCAUUGGCGUUUCAGAGUGAAAAUCAUAAGAAUCUAUCAUUUCUAUUCCUAUGUUACCGGCAAAGGACCACACCAUGUCUAUGUCCUAGCAGAUGAACAUGGAACCAAGAUGAAGAUGACCAUCUAUGAUAUAUAUGGAGAUAGGUUUAGAGGCCUAGAGAAGCAAGAGGGAAAAUGGGUGGAAAUCUUUAUUGUAGAAGUUGGCCGUGCCCGUUCAGGUUUCAAGGUAGCAAAAUCCAAAUUCACACUAACUGCUACUGGCGAUACCCAAAUCUACAUCAUCGAUCCUCUGAACGAUCAGCUUUACUUUGAGUUCAAAGGCUUUCAUGAAAUCCCUCACAUGAGCUACAAGGAGAGAAAUUUUUCCACAGAUACAAUGGGAGUGGUCUUUAAGACGGAAACCCAUUUUGAUGAUCCUGAAGGACCUAAGAUGGUGUUUUACAUAAGGGACAACAUUGAAAGUCAGAUAAAAUGUGUAGCAACUUGGAAACAUGCUUAUGCCUUCCGAGAAGGGUUUGAAAACAGGAGAGGUCGUCGACAGGUGAUUGUGGUCCUUAGGAUGUGGAGGGUCCACGAAUAUUUUUCUUAUUCUGGUCCUAUAGAAGAAUGUCUUCAGGACGAGGGGAACUUAUCUGACUUCAGGUUCAAUCCGCGCUUGCCGGAGGUAGAGGAGUUCAGACAAUCGGUCAAUAAUAGUGACCCUUAUGUUCGGAAGAACGGAGCUAUAGGGCCUUUGUAA